AUGGUCGCACAACUAUCCUCGUCUAGUGAUCCUCUUCGUGAUCAUACAAGCACAGAGAGCACUCGCACAACAGAUCGUUUCCUCGACCGCGGCAUGGUCGUCCUAAAUCGUCGCAUUCUGGGAUCGAGCGAGACCUUUGGCGAUCAGUGGCAGGUUCUGGUGCUAGGACAGGAAGUGAAGAAGAGCGAUUCCGAGAAAAGGGAAAAAGAGAGUGUCAUUCACUGGAUCAAAAGCUCGCGAAGUGGGCGAUUCUGUGGCGCCAAAGUCAAGUCCACCGGGGAAAAUCUGUUCCGUUUGCGAGAGCAUGACUUGGUGGAUGCGUUGGAUAUGCUGAAGAAGACACCUCCUGUGCCGGCGAAAGAGAUCGUGGAAGAAUUGCUCAGAAGAGAAGAUACACGGGCGUCAAGACCAACGUAUCUGUCCGAACAACAUAAUGAGAUGAAAGCGAAUAGCGGACAGCUUUCCUGGGGAUACAUCUUCACAAAUAUCGACCACUAG